AUGGCGGAGAGCGAAAGUGAUUUGGAGACGGACGCGUUCGAGUCGGCGCUGGAGACGCUGGCCGUCAGACACUGUGGCGACGAAUCGUCCCCGCAGAGCAGAACCUACUGCGCGGAAUUCUGCAAGUUGGUCGAGGAGUACACGGGGAGAUGGCAGGUGCCUCUUCCUCAGCUGAAGGUGCUGCGGACAGCUCUCUGCAGUUUCACCAAAGCCGUCGCUGCCUUCCCUGAUGACUGCCAGCACAUCAGCUAUGCCCUCAGCAGCCUGGCCUUGAGCUUUUUUGAGCUGAUGCUUUUCUUCAGCAAAGAAGAGUUUGGAGAGGAGCCUUUAAAAUACAUCCUAGAUUCCUUCCAGGAGUGCCACUUGAGGCUCUUAAGGCACAAGAACGUCUACCUGCAAAGGGUAAAGCACACUAUUAAAGUAGGAGGCCCCUGGGAGAACCCAGUGCUCCAGAGCAUCUUGAGAGAGGCAGCAAUACCACAGACGGAAGUUGAGGAGUACUUGAGUUCUGAGGAGCCCGUGUUCCUGGAGCUGCGCCUGCGCUACCUGCAGGCGUGUGACCGUGUGCAGGAGGCUACGACCCUAGCUAAAAGCUGCAUGGAGAACCCGGUGACUGGAAAACAUCUGUAUUUUCACCAGGCCUACCUCACCUGCCUCUACAAGGCCUCGCUACAUGAAAACCUGCAGAAGAAGAUGGAGGAGAUAGAUGGCCACGAUGCAGUGGAGAUCAUCUGCAACACGGAGAGCGUGGAGAAGGAUGAGCUCCUCCUGUCGCUGUGUAAAGCCUUUCUUACACAGCAGCUACGCAAUGGAGACAUGUACUGCAUCUGGGACCUGGUGUUUAUCUGGAGUAGGCUUUACAUUAGGGCCCACCACUCCAGACAGGGGUUCCUGGCUGAGUGUCACCAGCUCUCCUCAUCUGCUGCUAACAUCAGAGCCAUCUUCCCGUUCAUCAAAGUAGUCACUUCAGAGCUGGGCGGUGAAGGGGUCCUGUUCUGCUUGGAGCUCUGCACCAGGGCUUUGCAGCUGUGUGACCUGCAGGUCGACCUUGCAACUCGCUCCUUGGUAUGCAAGACCAUCGCCUUUAUGUUGCCUUGUGAUCUGGAGGUAUGUCGGGCCUGUGCCCUGCUGGUCUUCUGCCAGGAGCGAAGCCUGGAAGCCUACAGGACUGUGUGCCUGCUCUACAUGCACCCCGACCAGGAGCCACACCCCCACAACCACCCUGUCCCCACCAAUGUCCGUUUCCACAUCCUACAGGAAUUGAAGAGGCGUCUGUGUUUUGACCCUGAGUUCUGGAAUCUCUUGACCCUUAGGACCCACUGCUUGGAGCUGAUAAGUGACAAGGCUAUGAAGGCUGCUGUUCUCAAUGAGAUGGAGGAGGAAACGGAAUGCCACGUAGAGCUGAUACCAAAUAAAGACUCAAAUGACUCAUGCACUUUAAACUUGAAUUCAUUGCAGCCCUGUACUGACCCUGCUCCGGAGGUUCAAGGCCCGAAGGAAGAAGAGACUGAGAAUGGGGAGAUCGGAAAGCAGGCAGAGCUGUCCCAUAACACUCCAGUGACUAGAAAGACAUGGAGGAGGAAGCGGAGAAUAAAGAGACCACAGUACUGGUCUGAAGAGGAGUUCGACUUUGGAGAUGAUCCAGAGAUUAAAUUCAAUGUCAAAUCCUCUUGUGCAGAUAAUGACCCUGAAUACUCAUUAAAACGCGAUCACAUGGUUCUGGAAAAGACCGUGACUUUAAAGCUCCCUCCAAAACGCGAGAGGGAAUACUUGUCUAGAUGUGUGAAGAACCAAAUUCUGAAAAGGAAGGGUCGAAAAAAAAGAUGGUUACAGGGUCUUCCAAAGCUGGAGCAGAUGCAGGUGGUUAAAGAGGCACAGAUUAAGAUUAAAGGGAAAAAACGUGGGAGGAAGCCCUUACAGAAGCUUGAACUGUCCUACCCUGAGAAUGAAGUGUACCUCCAAGAAGACACAAAGUUUGAGAUGUGUGAUACCGAUGACCGAGAGAAGGAUGAGUCUCAUAAGGAAUGUGUUCUUAAACAAAGGAAUGAACUGAAUGAAAUUAAAAUUGAGCAGCUAAAUGGAUUCGAGAAACAUGAUGAAACAGUUUUUGAUAACAGUCUUUGUAAGCAUACAAAUGAAGAACCUAAAACAGAAGCAGGUUCUGACCCUGCUGAAGUUUCUCAUGUGCCUCAGCCAGUAGGCCCAGCUGCAGAGGCAGACCCAAAGCUUGAUGGUACAGCCUUUGAGUUUUUCGAUCGUCCAAUGGAACUGUUCCACAACUACGCUCUUAAAUCUGAAGAGUCUGGUGCUGACGGUGUAGAACCCUUAGACUCUACUGCGACAAAAUCUCAAAAUGAUGAUACAGUGCAGGAACUCGCACCAUUUUUAGAAAUGGAAAAAUCAACUCAGGGGAAAGGCAAAUUAACAUGGAAGGAUCGAAUGCAUCGUACUCAACAGUACUCCCACCUGGUGCAUCAUUGUAGCCUCUGCCUUAAAGGGUUCAAAGGCUUAAAUGUGAUGAGACACGCUCUGUCUCACCUCAGGAGGAAGAAACUGAGAUGUAUAUUCUGUGGGAAACGCUUCAAACAGCUCAAUUUUGCCAAAAGACAUGUUCUGGAGCACAUAGAUGAACUGAUCAAAAGUAAACCCAGCAGCAUGGAGUCAAACGCUGACGGGACACCGGUUGUCAAUGGAACUGAAGAAGAGUUGCAAAAUGACACCAAUCAGGAGAAAAACCAGCCUUCCGCUGCUUCUGAUGAGCAGAAACCGAAACCGGACUCAGUCAAAACCAAGGGUUCUAACCUUUGUCGGGAGAGCAGGAUCAUCAGAAACCUUCGCAUCCUCAUUAGAAAGUCCUUUCUCCUGCACAAGAAGAAGAAACUAGAUGACCAUUUAUCAGAGGAACCUGACUUUAGGGAUGAACAGGUGGUUAUUAAAGACAACUUUGUGAUUGUCAAAGAUGGAACUGGGGUAGAGGAAGAGAAAGGUGGGGAGCACAAGGAGCUGCAAGAUGGAGUGAACGGAAAUAGGGUUGACAUCAUGUACUACCUGUGCCCCUCGGAGUCCUGUGAUAAAGUAUUUAUGAGGAUUGGGGCCACACUGACAAAGCAUGCUAUCAACUUCCACAUUAAAGAAGAGAAGGUGCUUGAGAAAACAUUUGUGUGGGCCAAGCACAAGUGCAUUUUCUGCCUCAGGCAGAUGCAGUCGCUUCAGCACUACAAAGACCAUAUGAAGCUCCAUGACACUACUCUGCGCCAUUUCUGCUACCAUCUGGAGUGCAACCAGCGUUUCAUGACCCACCAGGAGCUGAAGGACCAUGUUAAGAUUCACCAGCCCUUCAGAGCCCGGUGCCCUUACACAGAUUGUGAGCAGGUGUUCUCGGGCCUCCAGGCUCUGUAUGACCAUGAGUGGAGACACUAUGUACCAGCGCCACAGAGAGAAGAGCUGGAGGUGGGAGUUAGCAGGCAGCAGCAGAGCACUGAAGCUCCCUGGAAGCAAAGAGUAAAGAUUGAGGAAAUUUGGCUACAGAGUGAGAAAGGGCAGAAGGAAAGCCCCAAAGCCCAUCAUUUCGAGCCCUCUGCACUUAAGGAGCUCAUAGAGAUGGACAAAAGUGAAGCGCAUCCUCAAGCAACAGCUUUUUUGGACAGUGGUCAGAACAUGUCCAAAUUACACACUUCUGUUGAAACGACAGUCAAUUCUGAUGUCAGCGAUAUCAACAGGACACUUGUUAAUGGAUAUGAGGAUGGGAAUAAAGAUGAAGUUUCAGAAAGAGAAACUUCAGCCUUGUGCAUUGUCCCUGUAGCUUUACACAAAACGUCUGAAAUGAUGGCGCUAUUUAACGACGAACCCUUGAAUGUCAAAAACCCUGAGGAGAUGUCCACAAUAGCUGAGGGCUUCCAAGUGAAAUUGGGAGAGCCACACAUCGCCGAGCAUAAGACCUUUAAACCUGAGGAUCCCGCCUAUGCAACCUUCAUCAAAGCCCCCUUCAUCAGGCCACCACCCUCUACCUACCUGGAUGAAUCCCUGCUCUGUAUGCGUAAGAGAAGGUCCACUGAAGAAACCCCUCAAAAGAAAUACAUCACAUGGAACAGUAAGAAGAAAAAGGAGCCUGAACCAAACCAGCUGCAGCAGCGUGGGGCAGGGGUCCCUCAAGUCAAGACCAGGCAUCGCUGCAACAAAUGUCUUUCGUCUUUCAGCAGUCCAGAGGAGAUGGAGCAACACCAAAACCUCAACACCUGCUCUGCACUUUUUGGCUUCGACUCUGACGAUGAAAGUUAGCGGUGAGCGAAGAGGAGUUGAAAGGCCACGGAAGUCUGCCAGACCAGUUGAACGAAACUGAUGGACAGUAUUAUGAAGAGCUGUGGUAAUACACUGGAACUUUUGUUUUAUUACACUAUUAAAUGGCCCAUGCUGUACAGAGUGGAAAUUACCGAGAGAAGAAACAUGGAUUUUACGGGCGUAUUCUUUCACAAAUUACCCAUUGUUUUAGGUAAGAGCAAUACAUAAGUUGAAAAAUAAGUUUUAAAUACAUUUAAAAUGUUGUGUUUUGCUGGGCAGGGAUACUUUAGUUGUCAGAUGUGAGGCAAGAAAAUCCAGUUCUCCAUGUUUAAGAGAAUUAGGGGUGUCACAAUUUCGAUCCUAAAUUGACAAUUGAUCGAAACGACCUUUCGAUUUUGGCCUUCGAAAUCAGGAUC